ACCGCCCGUGGUCCCGCCCCUUCCCGUGGCGGCUCGGAGCCACUUCCGGUGGCGGCGUCCCGGCUAGUUCCCGGCGCGAGGGGCACCGGGCCAGUUUCUGUGUCCUCAUCCAGGGCUUGCGGGCGAGGCCUGGUUUAGGUCUCCAGUAACGGAGCGGAGGCCCGGCAGGCGCGACCCGGGCUGCGUACGUCAGAGCUGCCUCCGAAGUGGUAAAAUGUGCUGCGAGAAGUGGAGCCGCGUGGCGGAAAUGUUUCUCUUCAUUGAGGAGCGGGAGGAUUGUAAGAUACUGUGCCUUUGCUCCAGGGCAUUUGUGGAGGAUCGAAAAUUGUACAAUUUGGGAUUAAAAGGCUAUUACAUCAGAGACAGUGGCAACAAUUCAGGAGACCAGGCGACAGAAGAAGAGGAAGGUGGUUAUUCCUGUGGUACUGCAGAAUCACAUGACAGCAAAGGCAUAGGCCUAGAUGAAAGUGAACUUGAUUCUGAGGCUGAACUCAUGAGAAGUAUGGGAUUGCCACUUCAAUUUGGUAGGAUAACUGCACAUAAGAAUUUUGAGGUAUCUAUGAAUACUAGAAAUAAAAUAAAAAAGAAAAAGAAAAAACAUCAAAAGAAAUACUUAGAUGAAAUUGUGCAAGAAUCUUGGAGAAAAGAAUAUGAAGAAGAUGACAUUUUGGCUUCAGAUGAUCCAUCUUCAGUUGAACAGUAUGAGAACACCAGAACAUGUGAACUUCAAAGCAAAAAAGAUACUGAGACAGAAAAUCUUCCUGUUGAAAACACAUUAUCUCCAAAGCUAGAAAUUACAGAGAAAUGGGAAAAGUAUUGGAAUGAAUAUGGAGGAGGACUAUUGUGGCAAAGUUGGCAAGAAAAACAUCCAGAUCAAGCACUAUCUUCUGAACCUUGGAACUUUCCUGAUACAAAGGAAGAAUGGGAGCAACAUUAUAGUCAACUUUAUUGGUAUUAUUUGGAACAGUUUCAGUAUUGGGAAGCUCAGGGUUGGACUUUUGAUGCCUUGCAAAGCUGUGAUACAGAUACUUACACAUCUAAAACAGAAGCUGACAACAAGAAAGAUGAAAAAUGCAUGAAAGUUGACUUACUGUCUUUUCCAUCUUCACCUAUUACGGCUGAUAGUGACAGCUCUGGUACAAGUGAUAAGGAUCAUAGUGAAAUACUUGAUGGAAUUAGUAACAUAAAACUGAAUUCAGAGGAAGUAAAACAGAGCCAAUUAGAUUCCUGUACAAGUCAUGAUGGUCGUCAACAGCUAAGUGAAGGUAGUAGCAGAAGAGAGUGCCCUGGUUCCAGCCAAAGUGAACCACGUAAUGGAGGAACCAAUGAGGAAAGCAAAUCAUUAGGGAAUAUAAGCGCAGACCCACCAGCUGAGGAUUCACAGAAGUCUUCAGGAGCAAACACAGGCAAAGACAGACCACAUGCCAGUGGUACUGAUGGAGAUGAAAGUGAGGAAGAUCCACCUGAGCAUAAGUCAAGCAAACUGAAGAGGAGCCAUGAACUGGACAUCGAUGAAAACCCAGCUUCAGACUUUGAUGACAGUGGUUCUCUUCUAGGAUUCAAGUAUGGCUCAGGACAAAAAUAUGGUGGAAUCCCAAAUUUCAGUCAUCGGCAGGUCAGGUAUUUAGAGAAGAACGUGAAGCAUAAGUCUAAGUACCUGGACAUGCGCAGACAAAUAAAGAUGAAAAACAAACACAUCUUCUUUACCAAAGAGUCAGAAAAACCAUUUUUCAGGAAAAGCAAAACUCUGAGUAAGGUAGAAAAAUUCCUCACAUGGGUUAAUAAACCAAUGGAUGAAGAAGCAUCACAGGAAUUGUCUUCUCAUGACAAUGUGCAUGACGCUUCCACAAGUAGUGAUUCAGAGGAACAAGACAUGUCUGUUAAAAAAGGUGAUGACCUACUGGAGACUAGUAAUCCAGAACCUGAAAAGUGUCAGAGCAUAUCUUCAGCUGGUGAACUUGAAACAGAAAACUAUGAAAGAGACAGCUUGCUAGCAACUGUUCCAGAUGAGCAGGAUUGUGUUACUCAAGAAGUGCCAGACUCCCUCCAGGCAGAAACUGAAGCUGAAGUGAAAAAGAAGAAGAACAAGAAGAAGAACAAAAAGGUGAAUGGUCUGCCUCCUGAAAUAGCUGCUGUUCCUGAGCUGGCAAAAUACUGGGCCCAGAGGUACAGACUCUUCUCCCGUUUUGAUGAUGGGAUUAAGUUGGACAGAGAAGGCUGGUUUUCAGUUACACCCGAGAAGAUUGCUGAACACAUUGCUGGCCGUGUUAGUCAGUCCUUCAAGUGUGACGUUGUAGUAGACGCAUUUUGUGGAGUUGGAGGAAAUACCAUUCAGUUUGCCUUUACAGGAAUGAGAGUGAUUGCCAUUGAUAUCGAUCCUGUUAAGAUUGCCCUUGCUCGUAAUAAUGCAGAAGUUUAUGGGAUAGCAGAUAAGAUAGAGUUCAUCUGUGGAGAUUUCUUGCUGCUGGCUUCUUGUUUAAAGGCUGAUGUUGUGUUCCUCAGCCCGCCUUGGGGAGGACCAGACUAUGCCACUGCAGAGACCUUUGACAUUAGAACGAUGAUGUCUCCUGAUGGCUUUGAAAUUUUCAGACUUUCCAAGAAGAUCACUAAUAAUAUUGUUUAUUUUCUUCCAAGAAAUGCUGAUAUUGACCAGGUGGCAUCCUUAGCUGGGCCUGGAGGUCAAGUGGAAAUAGAACAGAACUUCCUUAACAACAAAUUGAAGACAAUCACUGCAUAUUUUGGUGACCUAAUUCGAAGACCAGCCUCUGAAACCUAACUAUGCGGCAGUGCGAGGACAAAAGAUCAUGGAGUGGUCAAAAUAUUCAGAUGAGAUGUUUGGCAUGUCUUCCUUUAUUCACUGAUAUUUUCUACCCAUGGUCUUAUAUCACCAUAUGAAAUGGAAACUUACAGGACUCAAAUAUCAGUGAAAUAUUUUGAGAUCUUUGAAUAAUUCCUUUAGAGGAAUUAUACAAAAUUAAUAUAUAUGAGUCCUUUGUAAUUUAUUUUUUUUUGAGACAGGAUCUCACUCUGUCGCCCAGGCUGGAGUGCAGUGCCAUGAUCACAGCUCACUGCAAGUUCAACCUUCUGAGCUCAAGAAAUCCUUCUGUCUCAGUCUCCUCAGUAGCUGGGGCUUUAGGUGGGCACUGCCACACCGGACUAAUUUUUGUAUUUUUUGUAGAGACGAGGUCCCACUAUGUUGCUCAGGCAGGUGUCAAACUCCUGGGCUCAGUCAGUCCCCCCAUCUCACCCUCCCCAAGUGCUGGAAUUACAGGCGUGAGCUACUGUGCCCAGGCUUACAGACGUCCUUUUGAAGUAUCUUUUUCACUCACAGAAUAUGAAUACAUUUAUUUAGACUUUUUCUAGAACUUUCCUGUUUUCAUGUCUUUGCUUCAUCUGGAAUUGGCUUCUUAACACCCUUUUAUAAAGUUUGUGUUUGUAAAAUUUCCAUUGUGACAUCAAUACGCAAUAUAUUUUGUAAUAUAGGAGUUUAUAUUUUUUUAUUAAAAUGGCAAUGAAAGCAA